AUGAUUUCCACGGAGGUCGUGGAGAUGUUGUCCAAGGGCGCUAUAGAGGAAUUGCCGUUCGCCACCCCAGGCUUUACGAGCAAUUUGUUUCUGGUGCCCAAGAAAGGGGGCGGGGUUCGCCCUAUAAUAAAUCUUCGCCCAUUCAACGCCUUUCUACGCUACCAACACUUCCAGAUGGAAG